AUGCUGGAGGUGCGGGCUCUGUUCGUGGUGGCGCUGCUGGGCUCCAGCGGCGACUUGUGGCUGGAGGAGACCGCGAGGGCCGUGCUGGAGAGACUGCGGGCCACCGGCGCACUGCAGGUUGCCGUGCUGGCGGGGCGGCAACAGCAGCAGCAGCAGCAGCAGCAGCUGGCCGUCUAUAUCUGGAGGCCGUACCAGGACGGCGCCUGCCACCGCAGCGUGCACACCGCCACCCUCGUAGACAGGUGGGUCCCUCCAGAAGGAUUUCAGUCGGGUGUAGAUCUGUUCGCGGAGAAGCUGCCGCAAGACAUGGGUGGCUGUCCGAUCGUGGUGUCGACGUUCCUGUGGCCUCCGUUCCUCAUGACGGAGUCGCCCGCGGACCCGUCGGACGACGGGCUGGAGGCGCGGUUUUUGCAGACGUUGGCGUCGUGUCUGGGCGCGACCAUCCGCACGGUGGCGCCGCCCGCGGGCGAGGACGCGUGGGGCGACCUGCAGGCGGACGGCCGCUGGACGGGCUGCCUGGGCAACGUGCAGCGCGGCGACGCCGACGUGCUGGCCGGCGGCUUCUGGCUCAUGGGCGAGCGCGCGCCCUACUUCGACUGGCUGCACCCGCACUUCCACGACGCCGCCUACUGGUACCUGCCGAUGCCCGCGCGGGCCACCAGCUCGUGGCCGCCGAUGGGCAUCACCUCCGUCGCCGUCGUGGUCGCCGCGCUGCUGCCGCUGGCCGCUGUGCUGUACAAGGUGGAGGUGUGGUUGCGGCGCGGCGGGCCCCGCUAUGGCUGGAGGACGUGCGCCGCGCAUGCGCUGCACCUGUUCAGCGGCAUCGUGGUGAGACGGUGCUGGGCGCACACCGCCACCGAGCUGUCGCUGUCGCCAUGGCUGCUGGUGCCCGCGGUGCUCAGCCCCACCUACACCUCCUCCCUGUUCGACGUCAUCUACAACCCGCCGCAAGAGCCCAAGAUCACUUCCAUCGACCAGCUGGCUUCAUCGUCUCUCGAGAUAGGGUCCCGGCAGCGGCUGCUGGACCUGUACGACGUGGAGGGGGAGCCGCUGUGGCGCGGGUCUCGCGGCCGGCCGCCCGUGCUGUGCGCGGACCGGCUGACGCAGUGCGUGCGCCGGCUGACGGCGACGCGCGACCUGGCGCUGCUCUGCUCCGAGAUCCGGCCCGUCGCCACCUACCCCAUCGUGCUGUACGUGGCCAGGGGCAGCGCGCUGCGCGACCGCCUCUCGCCGCUGGUGAGCCGCAUGGUGCAGGCGGGGCUGGUGCGGCACUGGGCCGCGGCCGUAGCCUACGGCGGGACGGCGGCGCGCCAGGCCGCGGACGACGAGGUGGCCGUCUGGCACCUGCACCACCUCGUGUGCAUUUUCUGGAUCUGCGGGCUGCUGCAGGCGGCCGCCGCCGCCGUGCUGCUGGCCGAACUCGGGCUGCACCGGGCGCACAGCCGCUGGCCCGAGACGACGGCCGGGCCGUUCUGGUCUCUUCCGAGGCUUCUCCGUCCUAUUCUGAAAAAAACUACCAAAAACUCUAAAGGAGAUCUGUGA